UUUGAACGGUCACUAAACCAUUGUAAGUUGAGGACUACCUGUACUGUGUGCCACUGUCACUGGACAAAGUUCUGCCUACACCAUUCUUAUUUAUUUUUUUUGCUUCAAGGGGAGAAUUGGAAUAUAAUCAGUUUAAUGAAGUUCUGAAGGAAGGCUGGGAAGUACAACCAAUAGCAAAAUAUGCAAAUAAACAAGAAUGUUAAUAGUCAAGGCAGAUACUUGAUACCUAGAACACAUUUCGACUCUAGGAUCUCCAAGCUUUAAAAACAGCAUUAUUCGGGCACACUUUUGGUGCAUAGGCUUAACCUGUGCUGCUUUGGUGGGUUAUUAAUUUUGUUUUGAUCAUAUUUUUUUUCCUGCCACUGUGUUUUUCUGCCAUUGUAUUUUAAGUAAACGGAGACGUUGUGUGUGUGUGUGUAUGUGUGUGCGUGUUGUGUGCAAGCAAUGAAAUAGAUGGUCAAUAAAUUAAGAUACGAAGUUAACUUCAAGACUGGAGGGAGACAAACGGGCUGCACGAAACGAGGCGAGGAAGGGGCUCUCGAUUUCUCAUCCCACACCUCUCCGUUGUUCGUUCCCCCCUUUCCCGCUCUGCAGAGCACCGAGCUGAAACUCUAAAGCGGGGCCGUCGCUCUCCGAUUGCCGGUUAACCGGCCAAUCAAGCCCUUCCCGCCGCACGAUCAGGCGAACCAGUCGCUCGCCCGGGGAUGCCACAGCUUCCACCGUCACGUGAGCAGAAGCCGCCACCGGGGCCGUCGCAAGGCUGGCCUCCCACCAGGCGCGGUAUGAGGAAGUCGGCCAGAGGCGCCCUCGUCCCGUUGCCGAGCGCGCUUGCACAGGCGGGAGGGAAGAGAGUCCCGGACGUGAGUUCAAAGCCGUCCGGGGAAAGCGCUCGGUUUUCUUCCCCAAGGGAUUGAAGGGAGGGGACCCGACUGUCCCUGUAAGCUAGAGGCAAGCGGGGCGGGCGGGAGGGCGCACUCCGCCCGCCCGCAGCUCGGUUCGCCUAGAAGCCGUAUCAAACCUCGGUCACUCAAGGCGGGCAGGGGGAGGGCGGGGAAGAGGAACGUCCAGCUUGAUUGGAAACGCCUGAAGAUCCGCGCGCCCUACUUCGUAGGAGGCUCGAGCGGGCUUUGUAGUCUGGUUUGGCCGGUAAUAUACUUAAGCUUGUCCGGGCGCUUGCUUGCUUUCGCUUCGCGCCUCCUUUUUGGGUUCCCCUUCCUCCUUUUCUCCUCGUUGCUGCCGGGCAGGGAAAGCUUGUCCUGCAGCCCUGGAAAAAAAAAUAAAAAUAAAGGGGGGGGGGAAAUGUUGGAAAUUGCAAGCCGGAAAAAAGAGGCUGCGGCUACUGCUUGGCCAGGAAUGCUUUCUGCCAGCUGUGUUAGGCAGAUGUCGGGCGGGCCCCCUUCGGCGGCUUUCUCCGGUCGCCUCGGCAACUUCGAAAGAAUCGGAUUUUCUUCGCGCGCGCAGGCGCUGCGGAAUUUCAACGCAGCCCCGGCUCGAUUGCGCGCCCGCCAGACCCGCCUCCGGAUCUGCUUCUUCUUUUUUUUUUUUCGUGCAGGUUGGGGGCGUUUUGGCAGCAGCAGCAGCAGCAGCAGGAGGAACGGCAGCCCGCCCGCCCGUAGCCGGCGAGCCAGGUCGCUGCGUGAGGAGGAGGAGGAGGAGGAGGCGGCGAGGAGCCCCGCGGUGUUGGGAGGCCAGCGAGCCGAAGGGACCCGGGCCCUUCCAAUGGAGGAAGAGGAGAAGAUGGUGGCCGCCGUUGGCGAGGAAUGGCAAGAGGUCGCGCAAAAGAGAAAGGCCUGGGCUAAAAGCCGGGACUCCUGGCAAGCGUCGGAGGCCGAGCGCCUUUCUCCAGAACCGGCGGCGGAUCUGGCCGCAGAGCAGGAGUUGUGCGGCGCCAAGUUGCCCUUGACUGCGGAAGGAGGUGCUAUUCCAAAUGAAAAGAUUGCAAUAUGGCUUAAAGAUUGUAGAACACCAUUGGGAGCUUCUUUGGAUGAGCAGAGCAACCCAACGUUAAAAGGCAUGCUGGUGAGGAAUGGAGGAAGUUUUGAAGAUGAUUUGUCUCUGGGAGCAGAAGCUAAUCAACUGCAUCAAAACAGUGAACAAAUGGAUAUCUGCAACAGUAUAUUGGCAAAGGACAAGAGGCUUCAGUUUCAUCAGAGGGGGAGAAGUAUGAAUUCCACUGGCUCAGGAAAAAGCAGUGCAACCGUUUCUAGCGUGUCUGAACUACUGGAACUCUACGAGGAAGAUCCUGAAGAGGUUCUCUAUAAUCUUGGAUUUGGACGUGAUGAACCAGAUAUUGCUUCAAAAAUUCCAUCAAGGUUUUUUAAUUCAUCAUCUUUUGCAAGGGGAAUAGAUAUCAAGGUGUUUCUGAGUGCACAACUGCAACGGAUGGAAGUGGAAAAUCCCAAUUUUGCUUUGACAAGCCGCUUUCGUCAGAUUGAAGUGCUUACCACUGUGGCCAAUGCAUUCUCUUCCUUGUACUCUCAAGUUUCUGGCACUCCCUUGCAGAAAAUUGGGAGCAUGAAUUCAACAUCUUCCAGUAAAGAGGCAUCGAGCCCACCUCCUCUAACACGAAGUAACACAGCGAGUCGUUUGAUGAAGACUCUGUCUAAACUCAAUCUCUACGGGAACCCUCAAGCGGGAGAUGGCGGCAGCAGUCUAUCUGCUGAGAAGGGCAAAUCUGAAAAUGGGAGUGAAGAACCAGAAGUGAAAACUCCAAAACACUUCAAAGCAUCUUUGUUGGCGACAGUAAAAGAAGAAGCACCUUGCAAUCAGUCCAGCCUACCAGGAGCUCUGGAUUCUUCAGAACUUUCUCCUGACACUAGCGUUCAGCAGGAAACUCAAGGUUAUUCUGUUUCUUAUGAAGAUAAGCAAAAUAAUAACUCUUUUGGACAUACAGGUGGAUUUCAUGAAAAGAUUGCUGCUAUGAACUCUUCUACUCUCGUAGGUGAUACUCUGGAGUCAGCUAGUUCUGAACCUCAAGAUAUCAGGGCAAUUCAAAUGCCUGCAACUUCAGUGGCUGAUAAAGAGGCCUCUCUUCUACUAACCAUUCCGUCUAUUGCCAGCCUCAUGCUGCAGCAGAAGGACUCCUUUGAGAUGGAGGAGAUUCAAAGCACAGAGGGAGAGAUUCCACACGCUUCAAAUGCAAGUCAGCGGGCUUUAAUCAAAACAAAAAAAGAUCAGCUCUUACGAUCAGCAAGUCAGCAUUCUGACAGCAGUGGCUUUGCAGAAGAUUCUUCUACUGACUGCUUUUUGCUCAAUCAACUGCAGGGGCACGACUCGCUGCAAGCCAUGGGAAGCAGCGCCGAUAGCUGUGACAGUGAGAACACUGUGAAAUCCUAUAGCGAAGAACUCAAGACGCCAGUUGCUGAGCCAGAUUGCUGUUUCAGUGAGCUUGAUGAAGAGAAAUUCCUCCUCUUGGAAGUGAAGCAACAGGGGAAAGAGGUGGUAUCUGAGGUGGAUGGAGGAGGCCAGGACAUGUUGGAACGUCAAGAUGGAUUCUCUUCAAGUGGCAAAAAGGAAGAGUUUGAGAGAGCUGGCUUAGAAAGAAGUAAUGAAGUUUCUUCAGUCCAUGAAGCAGAAUCUGAAGCCUUGGAUGAAAGCAGCGAAGAGAGUGAUGUGGAUAAGAGCAGUGAAUGCGAGUUCCCUGCCUAUAAAACUCACCAUGUUCUCAAAUCGCUAUCAUCUCUAGAAAGUAGCUGUUCCUCUCCUUCUUCUGUGGAGCUGGUUAAUGUUGCUUUACAAAGAGCCCAGAGAAAGGACAGUGCGUCUUCCAAUCCCAGAACAGGUCGCCCCCUGCUCAAAUCAAAAGACCUUCUUUUUAAGAAUAGGCAUCAGAUCUCAGAACUGGGUUAUCCUCUGAGACGCUCCCAGUCCCUCCCAACUACACUUCUCAACCCGGUGCGAGUUGUCUCCUCGGUGAAUCUCCAGCUAAAUCCAGGCAAGAAAAUGGUGUGUGGCCCUCCUUCUUUCACAUACAAGUAUGACAGAGAAGAUGAUCCUGGGAAAAAGAAUACCCCAGAAGAAACGUCCUUUGGAGACGUUGACAAGAACUCUACUCCUUUAUGUAAAUCUACCCUCCACAUUGCUCCAUCACCCAUGAGGAAGGAACCUUCCCAGCCCAUUGGAAACAAGGGGCCGGAUGAGUUUGCUCAUAGCAGAAUUCAAAGCUGCCCUUUGCACCUCCCACCAUGCAUGUCUCAGUCAUCGUGUUCUUUGCAUUCCCUUCACUCUGAUGUUCCAGACCUGCACUUCCAGGGCCACAUGAGGACAUUUAGUUCACACAGCAUCCCAAGCACCCCUGGCUCUUCCUGUGGGGGAUUGCCCUCCCCUUUUGGCUGCCCUCAUAUGUUGAGGCACGCUGGACAUCCCCACCGGUUUCAUUCCAUAAACUCCCCCUCCACUGUUGAAAUGCAGCUGAGACGAGUCUUGCAUGAAAUCAGAAACUCCUUGCAAAACCUUUCACAGAACACUAUGAUGAGAACUCAUGACUUCACUGGAGCUUCUUGCAGUACUCAGAGAUCAUCCAUUCUACCUCUCUAUGAAAACACUUUCCAAGAUCUUCAGGUGGUGAGAAGGAACCUAAACCUCUUUAGAACUCAAAUGAUGGAUUUAGAAUUGGCCAUGUUGCGCCAGCAGACUGCUGUUUAUCAACAUAUGACCGAAGAAGAGAGGUAUGAAGCUGACCAGCUCCAGACUCUGAGGAAAUCGGUUCGAAUGGAGCUUCAGGAGUUAGAAAUGCAGUUAGAGGAACGUCUGCUUGCUCUUGAAGAGCAGCUUAGGAGCAUGCAUGAGUCACCCCCUUACAGACAACAAACCUUCAUGGGGAUGUAUGGAAGCAGAAGCAUUGAUAAUUUGUCAUGUCCUUCUCCGUUGAAUGUGAUGGAGCCAGUUUCUGAACUCAUUCGAGAGCAGUCAUCUCUGAAAUCGGAGUUGGGGUUGGGACUGGGUGAACCCGGCGUGCACACUCCUCCGCCUGAAGGCUCGGAAUCUACAUUUGAACCCUGCGCCCAUUCUGAUUCCUCUUCGGUGUGUUCUAGUCAAGCCAGCCGAAAAGCCCGUGGGCGGUCAUCUGAAAGGGGCAGGCCACCCAGCCAAAAGGUCUACCGGGCAAGCGUAGCCUUGAUGCCCUCUCCCCCAGCAAGAGCAGGAAUCGGGCAGCUGUCAGAGGAGCCCUGGACAUCCAAGUCCACCGUGGAGCAGUCACUUGAAAAGUUACCCCUUGGGCCUACAGCUGAGGAAGUGCCCAAGUCUGUGGAGAAUGAGGAACUGCAGCAAGUCAUUCGAGAGAUCAAGGAGUCCAUUGUUGGUGAAAUCAGGCGGGAAAUUGUAAGUGGGCUGUUAGCAGCUGUUUCUGCCCCAGGCCUAUCAACUAAUUCUAAGCAAGAAACCCAGCCAUGAAUCGGUACUACAGGGUUAGCCUGUGAUCCAGAGAGCCUUAUGGAUGCCUCCUUUUGGGAUAUGUAGAUGGAUGCAUCUGUCUGCUCUCCUGAUGCCAGAGGAGACUGCUGUUGUAUGCAACAGUGACUUGAGUGCUGCACGUCUUCCCAUUUCAGGUCUAUACUAAGAUCAAGGCACUUUUCAUCUUACUGAUGUGCGUGAAUGAUCAAGAGAAUUGUGAUUAUCUUGCAAGCCUUAAUAUUUAUUUGCGUGUUCCUCUUAAGACUUGAAGAUUUCUGGACCUUCCCUGGUUAUAAAUAGCCUAGGAUUGUUAUAGUUUCAAACAACAACAAAAGUCCCUGCUGACCUCUGUGAGGUACUUAACUGUGCAAUAACUGUUUCACUUUGAGAGCUUGGGGUAAUUGUUUCCACUGCUGUUAUCAAGUGCCACUUAAAAAGAAGAGAAGAAGCUGUUGUACAAAUGAAUGCUUGGGAGAAGCUGCCAUUUGCAGAGAGUUUAGAAAAUUACAUGAAUUUACUUAAAACUACUGCAGAUGCUUACACUGAAAGCCUUAUCUUUGUAUAGUAGAUAACUUUUUUUAAAAAAAAGAUUUAUAUAUUUUUCUGCUUUCUUUAUCCUUCCCUUUUUUCUUGGGAUGUUUUUUUUUUACCUAAUGUAUGAACUACUCUGCAGUUAUAUUAAGAGGUGGUUUUUAGCCAUUUCCUCUGCCUAUUAAAACAAGUCUGGGGGAAAAAAACACUAGUUUAAAAGGCAAAGCAAGUGGCAUAUAACAACAUGGGCUUAGCAUUAGACUGCUGUUAUGGGGAAAAAUUUCACUCAUUUUUCUACAGCCUAAAGAAAAUGACAUUCACCACAUCCAAUAAAAAUGGAAGCAGGUGUGAUUCUUAAUAUAUAGUUUAAUACAGUAAUGCUCAAAAGUUGGAAUAUAGCCAUGUCUUAAAUGCUAAUCAAACUACCUUACAUGUUUUUUUUUAAAAAAAAUGUUUUCAGCUAACAAAAUUAAGAUUCUGUUAAAUAAUCAGUGACUCAUAAACAUGUAACAAUGUUGGGAGAAGUAUGUCAAAAAACUGCAUUGGGAAUAUACACCCAAGGGCUAAAUCCUUUUUAAAAAGGCUAUUGUGCCAAUAAAAAUAUUUAUUUUGCCUAUA